GUGUAUCUGUCAUAUACAAUUUCAAGUCAUGAUGCACGAAUAUCUAGAUAUGAUGCGUCUAUUUAAAAAUAACCCGAAAAUAAACAGUAUUAAUAACGAUUAUUAUAGAAAUUGUGACAAGAUUAUGCGUAACAAUAAUGAUUGUUUUCUGGAUAUCAAGAAUUGUUCACUGAUCAAGACGCUUCAAUGUAUCUAUGUUUUUACGCAAGAAUUGCGCAAAUGGGAUACGCUAAUGAGCAACGGCGUUCCAAGAAUACAAUUCGCACAAUCUGGAUGCACCUUACGGCCGAGCGUGGCGGCGUUACGCGUGCGCAACUCGCGCGCGACAACCAAAAAUAAGAUGGCCGACCAACGAAACAAAUAGAGCGCCGUCGUAAAUAACACAAACCGUCCGAACACGUUCCAAGUGUGUCCGUAUCUUUGCACGUGCGUUUACGAGGCGUACGCCUAAUUGGCAUCGGCAGUCUGAAGUGUCGUACGGCGACGAUCCCAUUACCGGCGCGAAGACGCGGCAGCGUGAUCCGCGCUCGCGAGAGAAGUUCCUUCUCUCUCUCCUUCUUGUAUUGCAUGCGUGACGACGCGCGCGUACCGCGUGCCCGUCAUAAUCGUGCCGUACAUAGUCCGAGUUGUGCAGGAGGUCUGUGUGUUCACACAGCGGUGGUGGCACCCCACCGGGAGAGAAAGCAUUGACGAGAGUGGUGUUGUUGCCACAGACGCCGCGUCGUCGCCAGGAUGCGGUCGUGCUACGCGCACGAUGCGAGCCAAUUUGCCUCACGUAGCCGAAGUCUGCGGUUCGUCGCCUAGCUCCUCAUGCUAGUCUCGUCUUCCGAAUUGCUUGGGGCACAGCAUGAAGGAGAUGCUCGGAGGGUGCUGCGUGUGUUCUGACGAGAGGGGUUGGACUGAGAAUCCGCUGGUGUAUUGCGAUGGACAAGGAUGCACUGUUGCUGUGCACCAAGCGUGCUAUGGCAUUGUCACUGUACCAACGGGACCAUGGUAUUGCAGGAAAUGCGAGUCACAAGAACGCAGUGCUCGUGUGCGUUGUGAAUUAUGUCCGAGUCGGGAUGGAGCUCUUAAAAGAACUGACCAGGCUGGAUGGGCACAUGUUGUGUGCGCUUUAUAUAUUCCCGAAGUUCGAUUCGGUAACGUGACGACAAUGGAACCAAUUAUAUUGCAGCUCAUUCCUUCAGAAAGAUUUAGCAAGACAUGCUACAUUUGCGAGGAACAAGGUAGAGGCAGCAGAGCAAACGUUGGGGCUUGCAUGCAGUGCAACAAGACGGGCUGCAGGCAGCAAUUUCAUGUCACUUGUGCACAGGCUCUAGGCUUACUCUGUGAAGAAGCGGGAAACUAUCUGGAUAACGUGAAAUAUUGUGGCUACUGCCAGCAUCAUUAUUCAAAAUUGAAAAAGGGUGGUAAUGUAAAGACAAUACCGCCUUAUAAGCCGAUAACGCCGAUAAAGUCGUCCAGCGGCAAGCGGAAGAGCUCGAGUUCUAAGACCACAACAAAUUCUAAAAGUAAAUCCAAUGCUAGUCCCAGUUUAGAAAUAAACGGUAUUGUGGAUGACAAGAGUGGUAGUAGCGGCCGUAAUACACCCAAAGAUAAUUCCACGAGUUCCAGCAAGUUUACGACUUCUAACUUUGUUGAGACUAUUGUCACACAGUCGGAGAGUGUUUUUGGACACGACGGCAACAGCACUGUUACCACCGCCGCUACAGUAGCGACUACUCCCACAAUGAAGACGAGCGGUAGCAAUUCCAAUGCGGCGCACAAGAACAUCGGAGGACAAGGAAAGUCCAACUCGUCGACCUCUAACAAGACGUCGAGUCAUACCAGUAAAAAGAGGAAGACUGGAGCGCGCACGCCGACGGUAGGAAAUGAAAAUUCGAAUCAAUCGGCUAGCUCGGAAGCCAGUGGAUCGGUCGUGAUGACCAUUAGCUCCGUGGUGCAACAAACUGUUUCGAGCAACAGUGUGCAGCCGACGAUCACAGAAGCUACUAGUUUAAGCACAACGACGGAACCGGAAAAGUCGAAAAAGAUGAAAGUCGACAGUCCGAUUCAGUCGGCGUCGAGUACGCCAGUCGCCACGGAAGCAACCACUACACCUGUGAUAAUGACAGUGACACAACCCCAAUCUUCGGUCGUCACUCAGUCGCCGACGACUACAUCGAAUAGCAUCGUCGUGUCCGUGCCACUGACCGCCACCUCGCUUCCUAGCACAGUUCAGAGCGUGGUGACAAGUGCACCAACGCUGUAUCAGCAAAUACAGCAGGGCAUAAUUACCACUGCCGCCAAUACUGAGCCAAGAUUAAGUGCGAUGUCGAACACCGAGAGGUUCAUCGCGGAGAGAACGCCUGCGAAACGAUCUCGAUCCCAAUCGUCGGAUAAGCAAGAAAAACGCAAACCAAAGCGUGGCUCGUCUAACAGCCAAUCGGCAUUGUCACAGACGAUAGCUUCUUCAGUUGUAACCUCUGUAUCUAGUACGGCAGUGUCAACAUCAAAGAGAGGCGCGAGAAACAAUCAUCAAACCCCUCCACCAGCAGCCACGGUGGCUCCAAUACCGUCAAUAAUUCAAGGUCCCACAUCAGUCACGGCCGGACACUUUAGCAGCGUCAGCGGCCCAGGCAUUAUGGGACCCGUUGUCAAGGAGUCACCGCCUAGCAGCCCUGGAUCGGAAAGUAUGAGUAGUACUGCGGGGAAACGAAAGAGAAAGACUGUUGCGUCUACACCUACGCCGUCUGCAUCGACAACACCAACCGCUCUAUCUGCUACGAUAAAGGAGGAGAAUAAUGUGAAAUUAUUUCAAAAUGGUGUCAGCGCGCCGCAUAUGCUGGGGAAUCAGCUGAAUCCUACUUCUACAAUGGCGCAGAAGAUGUCGGACACGCUUUCGCAAGAACUGGAGGCUCAUUCCAUUUUUACAGAAGCAAGUAACUCCAAUAUGAACUUAGUCGGACCGCAGCUGCACAAUCGAGUAAUUGCAUCUAUACGAUCUAGCCAACCGGGUGGUGCACCGCCCACUUCAUUCUCCUCGGUUUUCUCUACGAGCAGCAGUAGUGCGAAUCCUGGUGCGGCCGGUGCCAGCGGAGCUUUGGGUGGAGGAGCCAUCCCACAGACGCUGGAUCAACUUUUAGAGAGACAGUGGGAACAGGGAAGUCAAUUUCUAAUGGAGCAAGCCCAGCACUUUGACAUUGCAUCCCUGCUUUCCUGCCUACAUCAGUUGAGAGCUGAGAACCUUAGGCUAGAGGAACAUGUAAAUAAUCUCCUGCAGAGGAGAGACCAUUUAUUGGCUGUGAAUGCUAGACUCGCUAUUCCGUUGACAACUCAGCCUAGUUCACAUCCAGCGAAUAAUGUCCACCCAACGGUGAAUCCUUCUCAUUCCAAUAUCUCGGAAGUGCCGCCUGGUGCGCCGGCCCCGGUACCUAGAGUGAGUCGUGAGCCGCGGAUGAACAACACGUACAUGCCUCACUCCAGCUCUGGCAAUCACCGACGACGUUGGAAAACGGUUUUGCCGCCGGAUCCUUCUCCACCCGCGGCAGCCUCUCUGUCUCAGUAUCAACAUCGAGGAUUGGUCGCGCCGCAACCGAGUCCCACAAUCAGACACAGUCCAGCCGGAGGCGGAUAUCUUCAAGGUCAAUCUAGCAACAUAGUAUCGCCGGCACCAGCAAACACUUCUGGAGUGGUGCGAAAUUCGUCCGUCACGCCGGAUCCGCUACGUGGAGUGCCGAGAUCGGCGUCGCAGUCGUCGAGCAGUUACAUGCCGUCGAUGUAUCAACCCACCAUGUCCAGCCUCACUGGCAAUCAAGUAGGCGGUGUUCACAAUCUUCAUUCGCACGGACCGUCGCCGACUAGCCACGGUCCACCGGGCAAGCCCAGCUGAAGAUAGAUAGAAACUUCGUGUGGCAAUCGCGAAUCUUAAUUAUUAAAAUGAGAUUGCCAUCAUACGAUGCCACGUGCAUUGUUAAAUAAAAAAAGGACCCAAUCUCAUCACAAGAGAGACCUAACUGCGCUUCUUCGCGAGACAUUGACUGAUGUACAUUUUAUACGCCAUCUUUAUCGGCAAACAUUUUCUUACUCGAUAACGUACAUCACUUUAGUGAUGUCGAUUGCAGCUUACAAUGUACAGAUGUAUCUCGAUUUAUAUAUUUAUAUCUUUCCACAUAAAAUAUUUUCACAUUAGUGAUGAGCUAAAUAGUUAUUUUUUUAUAACGGUUACGACGGUUAUCGUUACCCACAAAUAACUGAUCAUUUAAACGGUUAUUUGAUACGAUCUAUUAAGAUAAAUUUGCAGAAUAAUAUAAUGCAUAUGCAUAGAGAAACUAACUUAUUAUCUUUGAUAUAAAAGACGUCACAUUAUUACAUUCUAUAUGUUAAAAGCAUAAUUAGCUAGUUUCUUUAUAAUGCAUAUAUAUAUAAACUAUAGAUCAGAGCAUAUUGGAACAUGCGACGCGAACAAACCAUUAUGUCUGUCAUAAAUUUGUUGAAUGUGCCGAUUGGCUAUCGGAUAGGGAAUUCCUAAAAACAUUCUUUUAGAUUACGCUUCGAAACGACGAAUAAAAUACGUACAAAGUUAUAAAAUAACUGGUAUUAGAGAAAAUUGAUAACCAGUAACAACAGUGACCUUUCGAUAACAGUUAUAAAAUAACAGGUAUGAAAAUACCGCUCAUCACUACUUCACAUUAUUGCACAUCAAUCAUACGCUGCGAAAGGCUGAUUAUUUUGCAUGUAUACGGAAACGAUUUUAUCACGGAUCUCGAAAAUCGACAUGUUUGCGUACGCGUUAAAUUAGAUAUUUACUAUCGUUCUUUUAUCAUUUUAUUGCGUUUUGAUAUCUUGUACUUUUAUACGAGUUACAUGUACAUUGCAACUGUAACAAUAAACUGGAGGCUCAAUUAAAAUUAGAACGUGUAGUGAUGUAUAAAACAAAAAUUAAAACGAAGAAGCAGUUAGGAAGAUUUGUCUCACCUAGUUUCCCGGACACUAAAAAUAAUUUAUCGCAACAUUUAUUAAAAUUGAUUUUUAUCACUAAAGCUUUAUGAUAUGUAAACUUUAUUCAAUGGAAUUUUUAUUCUUGAUUCGCAUGUUUGGUACGUUUGAGACAUACUCUUUAUCUCUCUUUAUAGGCAUCCAUAUAUAAACAGCAAAUCCACAGAUGUACAAAUCUUAGAUUGUAAGUUAACCUAUCGCGCUAAAUAGCAAUAAUACAGUAGGUGUACAUUGAGGGUAACUGCGUAUAUUUCUGGUGAUACGACAAAAGGAUAUGCGAAAUUAAAAUAGUAAAAUGAGGAAAAUAUAACUUUUUCCAAGAUGAGAUGGAAAAAGUAAACCAAAUUAUUGAUUUUGACACAUUUGUUUGAGGAUUCGUCUUAUUCAUGUAGCAGUAUAGGGACGUUUUAUGGGAAUUGCAACGUUUACGGACGUUUAUAAAAAUUGUAAAGUCGAUACGCUGUAAAGCGAUGUACAGCUUUUUUAUUUCUUUAGCGUACCACCAUUGAAAUGUGUCGCAGCAUAUGUAUUAUACAAUAAUAAUGAUAUUGAAUGCAA